AUGAAAAGGCCUGUCACUGUUGAUAAUGAAGUGGAGAAUGUCGCUAAUUCUCCAGUUCGAAAAAGUUUAAGAAUCAAAAUGUUACAUGCAGAUGAAGUUCCUGUUUGUAAGACUGAGAAAAAAUCAAGAAUGAAGAGGAGAGCAGUUAAAAAUCUAGACAUUAAGAUGAGAAGGCUUGUAAGUGAUAAUCUGAAUAAAAAUGAUUCUAUUCAGAACUUUGCUCUUUUAAUUGCUCUGAAUCUCCAGUUUGUUGGAAAAGUUGGCAAGGCUUGUUCUUUUGAUGUGAUAACAAAUAUUAAAUCGAAGCUUAGUUCUGAUCAGCUGUCUACAUUUAAGAGCAGUAGGUUUGGUUUGUAUUUGUAUAUUGGAAAGGAUGUAUUGAGUCUUAGGCUUAUACAUUCCAUACUGCUAAGGGAAGUCCAUCAUCCAAAUAUUGAUGAGCUGUGGUUUUACUAUGGUGGGCAAAACUUGCGUUUCAGUUUGUAUGAGUUUGGAUUGGUGAGCGGUCUUGUGUGCGGUGGGGACGAGUCUAGGUUUUCUGACUAUUCCACUGGUGGAACUUUUUUUGAUAAUUUUUUUAAUGAUGAUAUUAAGAUUAGUCGUUCUGUUAUUGAAUCGAAAUUUAAAGAUGCGGUGUGGGAGAAUGAUGAUGAUGCUGUAAAGUUCGCGAAGCUGUAUUUUGUUCAGUGUUUUAUGUUGGGUAGCCUUGAUAAUACAUUGAUCGACAGCCGAUUUAUUCAUCUACUGGACUGCCCUGAUUUUGAUGAUUUUCCAUGGGGAAAAUAUUCUUUUGAUUUAUUUGUUCAGUCUACCAAGAACAAGCUUUGGACCUUUCUGCAGGCAUCAAAACAAGCUACAUUUUAUCGAUUGUAUGGCUUUCCCUAUGCCAUUCAAUUUUGGUUCUAUGAAACUCUGACUACUGUGCCUGCUUUUUUGUGUUCGUUGAAUAAUGCUGCUGCGUAUCCUCGGUUUAUGCGUUGGAGUCCGAAGGAUAUGAGAAAGAUUCAAAACUUUGAUUUCAAAGUUUUUGAUGAUCCAAAUGAAAAGGUUAUAUCAAGUUCAAACAUUAAAGCCACUGUUUAUGAAUUAAGUGAAAAUAUUGUGUCUGGACUGAAUGAUCAAGAUUCUGUCUUUAAAGAAGAGGAAGCUGCUGCUGUUAAUACUGAGGGUGAUAAUAUUUUGGAAGUGGCGAAGUCUGCUUCCAUGAAGUUUGUUAAUGAAUUGAAAGAUUUGGUCUUUGAUAGUGGUAUUGAGUAUUCUGAUAUGGAGUUAGGUGUCAGAAAACAGAUUUAUGAUUGCAUAGAGAGUUUUGAAACUAAUCAAUUAGCUGAUAUUUUCAAUGAUAAAUCUGUAAAGUCUGAUAAUGUUGAUAGUGAGGUUCACUCUUCUGAUGGUCAUGAAGAAGACAAUUCUUCCGAUGAAGAGACUGAAAGUUGCAAUUAUGCUGAAGAAAAGAUUAGAAAUACUAAAUCUGUCGAUGAUGAGAGGGAAGAUGCUUAUAGAAAUGAGAAAGAUUAUGGUGAUGAGAGUAACAAUGAUACUUCUUCUGAUGAAUACAUCGAACAUGAAAGUGAGAAUGUGCAGAAAGUUUAUUAUUCAGAGAGCGGAAAGACUAUUGUUAAAUCCAAUGCUGAGCAUGUUUCUGAUUUUGAGAUUGCAAAGAUUGAUGCUGAUGUUAAUUAUCAUAUGCAACCUGUUGCUGAUGAUCAAGCCAACGCUGAGCACGUUGCUGUACUAGAGAGCAGAAUUAUUGAUGCUGAGGGUAAUGAUCAGAUCAAACCUGCUGUUGAUGAUAAAUUGAAUGAAGAGCACGUUUCUGCAUUAGAGAGUGCGAAGAUUGAUUCUGAGGUUAAUGAUGGAGUCACACCUGUUUCUGGUGAUGUUGUGUCUAUUCCUACGUGUAGUAGAGGUGUGAGUAAGGUUUAUGGAAAACAGCCUGGAUUUGAAUUGUUUGUGGAACAAGAUUGUUAUUUUGAUGAAGUUGGUGAUCAAUCCGGCUUUGAUUUAGUUGGUAGAGGAAUUGAAGUGGGAUUAAAAGAUUCUUGUACUAAGAAUGUCAAUAAGGAUGCAUCUGAAGUUGAUACUUCUAAACCAACCAUGUUAGAUCAAUUGAUGCAAGAUGAAGUUGAUAAGCUUGCUGAUGUUUGUAGCGAUGAGUUUUUGCUAACUCCGGUUGAUGCUAAUUCUGAAAAGGUUGAUUUGGUUGUUCCUUCUAAUAAGAUUCCUUUAGAGAAGGUAAAUGAAUCUGAUGAGAUAGCUGAUCUUGCUGCUGCGGAGUCAGAUGUAUCAAAUAUUGUUGCUUCGUUGUCUGUUUAUAUUCCAACUGAGGAAAAGUUGAAUGAAUCGGCUGUUUUAGCUGUAAAGCCUGUUUCACCUAAAAUCGCAGAUAAAAAUGACGACACAGUUCCUGUUGCAAAAAGUAGACCAAAACUUGUUUUUAAAAGGAAAGCAGUUCAGGUUGAUAUACCAGCUGAAUUUGCAUUGAUUGAGCGAAUAAGGAAUUUAGACUCGGCAGAGAAAGUUAAAUCAAUGGGGCUGACUUUUACAAAUCAUUGUCCUUUGUUGAUGGAAAGUGUUCAUGAUAUGUGCAACCAAUUUUGGCUUUCUGAGUUUAAUGACUGGAUUGAAACUAACACGUAUAGGAGAAAACAUCCAACCAAUGAAAUUUACUAUCCAAGAGAAAAGAUAUUACGCCCAGGAUUUAGGCUUGGUGGAGAGGAAAUUACUAUAAAAGAUUUCUUCCAUAUUUUGAAUACACCUGGUGGUUAUUUGGAAUCGAGUCAUAUUGAUUGUCUGUUUACGUACCUGCGAAAGAAGUGUAUUUUUCUGAACAACAGCUAUAGUGUUUGUGGAAAUUGGUUUGAUCAGUAUGUGCAGAAUGGAUAUCGACUCUACCUCGAGAAUCAAAAUGUCACUGAUCUGCCUCAGUUUGAUGCAAUAUAUACUUUUAUAGUUGGAGAGGAUGGACUUUAUAAGAGAGCAUGGGGCGAUCUGAAGAAUCUGCUAUAUGAUGAGCCUUUACGCGAAGCUAUGACUGCAUAUUCAACGUUACUGCCAUUAAUUUUGAACUAUGUUGGAUUUUACGAUCGUACUGAUAUCAACUUCAACUCAGUUCAUUAUGUUGGCAAGAAAACAACUGAUCCAUUUGCUGUAGCUUUUAUGGAUGACCUUCCUGUUCAAGAAAAUUCAGAUUGUGGUGUGUAUGCUACUGCUUUUGCCGAAUAUUUGAUUGAAGGGAAGCGUAUUCCGAAGGCUCUUCGUAUUAAACAAAUAUGUAACAGAUAUGCAGUUAAUCUGUUCAUGUAUGUUAGGUGGAAGAACAAGAGUGGUUAUGUAUCUGAUUGA